AUGUAUAAAAAAGCUAGAACUCUAGGAAACAAACCUAAUUGGCUGGGGGAUGAUACUUGGAAUGCAGUUCUGGAAAAGUGGAACAUGCCACUUUAUAGACAAAAGUGUGAAAUAGCUAAGAAGAAUCGGACAUCUGAAAAGGGUGGUUGUUUACACACUGGAGAAUCUAUUAGCGUGCAUGAGCAUGCUAUUCGUUUGUCACAAGAGCUUGGUCGGGCUGUGCAUGUUGAUGAAAUAUUUCAACAAACACAUAUUCGUCAAUCAACAGGGGACUUUGUGGAUGAAAGAUCUGAGACUGCAUCCGUUGGUGGCUCAACAUGUAGUCCCCUAGACCCUGCGGAGGAGGAGAGAUUNAGAAACCAAUGUUGGUUAGAUGCUGCUGGUGGAAGAUACAAGGGACGUGUAUAUGGCAUUGGAAAUGUCGGUUCCAAAGAUGAUUGUGUCGAUAGUUACAUCCGACAGACACAAGCAUCUUCUUCCACUCAGCAACCAAAUUCAGAAGAAAUUGAUAAACUUAAAUCGCAGGUACAACAAUAUGGCCAACAAAUUCAAAUGGUUCAGGGCUUUCUUGGUGUCCUCCUUCCAUUCCUUCCACCUUCGGCUGCCGCAGCUGCACAACAAUUUUUAAACUUUCCAAAUUCUCAAGUUCAAAAUGAAACACCUAAUGACCAGCAAGCUCCAAACCAGCAACCACCAAAUCAACCAGACGAUGGAAAUGAUCAUAUGCGUCAUUAG